AUGUAAAUGACAUCUACCCUCUCCUUGAAUCUAGAUCAUAACAAAUCCUUUGAAAAUCCUAAAACAUCAACCCAAUUCGAGCAUCCUUUUAGAAGAAAAUCGUGUUAUUGUAAAUAAUGCGGAAAUCAGGGUCAUUUUCAAUUACAACACUCUAAUUUACCAACGCUAAAAGAAAUAUUAUUUAGUAAAUAGCAGAGGAUCAAAAGAAAGUAGAGCUUCGGCGAUGAGAUUAGGACUGAAAUUCCUAGUGAAUUUAGUUAAAUUGAAAGUGAAAAUGGAAGACGAAUUAGGUAAACCUUUAGGUCAAUUUCAAUAAAGAAUAUAUAAACAUAAGGAGCACAAAGAUUUGAAUAAAUAUGCACAGAAAAGAGCAAAAAAUCAAAAAGAAAAAGCUGUGAAUGCAGCGAAUGUGGAUAACUUAAUACAUUCCAAAUAAAACAUAAAGAAUUAUCGAUUCUUAAAAAAGAGAGAAAGAUCAAAGAGUUUCAAAUCAAAAGAUAACGAUAAUUCUAAAAAUAUGGAUCCACAGAUUUUUAAACAAGCAAAAAAAUUAUUUAAAAGUCGAUAAUUUCUUCUCCUCACAGCCAAAGAUCAUUUUAGGUGAAACAAAUAAACGAAAUGAGAAGAACAAAAGAUAUUAACAAGUUAAUUAAUAAUAGGAUAUCAACAAGAGACUUAGAACAGCCUAAGUAGAAUUAAAGUAAGUUUUCAAUAAUUAACUCAUGUCAAUAAUUAGAUUCUCCAUAAAUUCUACAACACUAAAUUCGAAGAUAAAAUACUCAGAAAUACUCUUUGAUCUAAACUAAUAUAAAAUGGAAGAUUCAAUGA